AUGAGCCAAUUUGCCGACACAACAGCUAUGGAGACGACGGAACGGAAAACUAGAGACCAACAGAGAACUCCAUCACCUCCCAAAAUUGACUACCUGAGUAAAAGCAAAGAUAGGUACCUGUUGCCAAAACCAUUACAUGUAAGUCGACUGCGCACUGGACUGGUUUCAAACUCAGCUACCAAUAACAAUAAUGGCAUUUCCAAUAGUCACAAACCAUUAAAAUUGACGACGACUGCACUGAUUGCACCUAAUGCACCUAAUGCACACACUGCAUUGACUGCACCAUCAGAGUCUACGACAACACCAAAUAGUAAUAAAACUCAACUGCAGCCAAAAACAAAAGGGUUGAAUAUAUUCGCAGUGUCUCCAAUUACUCCCAGCAGCAUAACCAAAAAUUCAGCUCUCCAACUGGACUCUACAGAUUUGUUGAAACGCAACGGUAGUCAGCUGCGGCACCAACGGAGGAGAUCUUCAAUAAUUUCAGAGUCACUGCCUCUACCCCUGUUGAUAGAAACAAGCGAUGAUCUCAGCUUUGAUGAAAAAGUACUGUUCUUCGGCCCUUCGUCCAGAAAGUCACCCGAGUUAAAGUAUGAUGUUCCACUACCGCUGAAUGAGAAAUUGCGUGAAAUGUCUAUUGACGAACAACUUAGACUUUUGGCGUUAAAAGAAAUGUGUCUUGUUGAAAUUAAAGAUCAGAUUCAAAAUUUGAACAGUAAACUUAGUAGUCACGAGAAUGAGUUGCACGAUCUAAGGCAAGUUAUACAACGAUCAUUAUAUCAGGAAUUGAGUGGAGCAACAAGUAACAAUAAUGGCCAGAAUGAUAGUAUGAAUGAUAAUGAUAAUAAUAAUAAUAAUAAUAAUAUGGAUAAUAACAACAAUAGUAACAAACACAAUAAAAAUAAUGGUGGUAAUCUUGACAGAAAUAACAACAGCACAACAUCGAUUUUGCUGAGCCGGCAAAGAACCAAUAGCAACCCUAGAGAUCAGGCACUUGAAAGUUUGCGUGGCCGUCGCAGAGCACUGCUCAUUGGUCCGAACAAAGAAGAUGAAAUAAAAAAGACUGGCGAAGAAGACAGCAAGUCCAAGAUCUGGAGCGGAUUGACCAAGUCACUUAAUGUAUUGAAUCAGUUGGACUCGUUUGUUUCAAAUGAAUUUGAGCAAUCACUAAAAACGAAUAAAGAUGGCCAAAUCGCACACAGUGAGCAGCAGCAGCAGCAACAAAAAAAUCACCAUUCGUCACAUAAACCAAGAAAAUCCGAAGACUCUAUAACUAGUGUUGGCACAGUGUCUUCGCCUUUGCAAAGCAGAUCGGCCAGAUCAUUGCUGGAGUACAGAGCAAGUCAGGAUAGAAAAUCAGAUGAUAUGAUACACACGGUUUCGUCUUCGAUUUGGUCGUUUGUUAAUGAAGUCAAAACAAACGUUUUAGCAUCGCUUAGCGAGGAGACUGAUUAUGGUAAACCACCACAGUCACCGCAGUCUCCACAACCACUGCAGCCGAGACCAUCUCAACAACGCCAGAGCCAACAGAACAACACUAUACAUACAUUAGAUAAUGGGUCGGUUGUGAGUUUGGACAACGACAGGAAUGUUGUUAAACAAGUACUGCCCAAUUGUUUUGACGAUCUGGAAUUGUUGAUUGACCUUGAAGAUGAUUAUGAAGCCGCUGCUGGUGAAAAGCUUGACUUAUCGAUUUAUAAGAAAAUGGAAUAG